AUGGUUUGGCAUUGGAAUUGUGCAAGUUCACUAUGUUUUAACAGCUGGCGAACCAAAGGUGUGCAUUACUACCAUUUACCUAUAAAAAACUUGGAGUUACAGCACGAAUAUGCGAAAAUCUUGAAGAACGAAAAAGUGAAUUGGAAAAAACAAGUGAUAUGUUCAGCACACUGGACAGGAGGUAAUCGACUAUCGAAAGAUCAUAUUCCAGACAUCAUUUGUAGUGAGGAACAAAUGAAGAAAAUCAAAAAGAUCAGUGAGCUACGACCAAAAGAUAACGAUAUGAAGAAAAAGUUGAUGUGUGCUCAAAGGAUCAUAACACAGCAAGAUCACAUUGGCAAGAAACGAAAAGCCCCCAAAUGUAGAUCUCAAGUGCAAGCGAAGAAGAGGAAGAGACGAAAAUCAAAACAUGAAUUAGAGGUACAGAAUGAUAAACUAAAGAAACAAUGUGAUGCGUUUAAAUUAGAGAAUGAACAUCUGAACUCAAAAGUUUCAGAGGUCCAGAAUGAAGUCAAGAGACUGCACAAAGAAAUUAAUGCAUUACAAGAAAAUCUUCAAACUGAAAAAUCUGUUUUCAAUAGCAAGCUGAAAAGAAUGAAGUAUGAACUAAACAAGCGAACUUUUACUUACAACAGUUUAAUUGAAAAUGGCAAAGAAUUCUUCGAACUAUGCGGAUUAACUAUCAACGAGUUUGACUGUGUUUAUGAGUGCUUAGAACCAUUCACUCAUUUAUUGGCCUACCCAGAUUGUCAACAAGAUAAGAAAAAGAAUUUUAACAACAGACUGCUUGAUGAAAAAACUGAACUAAUGGUUACUUUGACUAUUGCAAGACACAAUGUUGACCUGGUAAUCAUGGCAAAGCAAGUUGGAGCAAGUUCCUCUACAAUGUCGAGAGUGUUUGUAGCAUGGAUGGCUCUUAUACGUUGUGUUUUUGACAGUAUAGAUCUAAAGCCAUUGCCUGGCUUUGUUGAAGCUUUCCUGCCAAAGAAAUUUGUUGAUGCCGGGUAUGCAGAAUGUGGAAUUCUUGGUGAUAAUACUGAGACAUGGGUGAGUCAGUUCGAAAACUAUGACAUUAAUAAUUUGACAUUCUCACAUUACAAAAACCACACAACAGGCAAAGUCUCUGUUUGGAUUUAUCCACAUGGUGCCCUGUGUAAAUGUUCUGAAGCUUACCCUGGAACCAUAUCAGAUGAACAAAUCACAGAACAAAUUAAUGUGUUGGAUUUAUGUCCUAAAGGAAAAAUUGUCAUGACUGACAAAGGUUUUGCAAUCACUGAUUUGUGUCAUGAAAAGGGCUUGCAUCAUAAUAGACCACCUAUGAAGUUUAAACAUCAAUAUGAUGAAAAUGAAGUCAGCUUGAAUUUUGACAUCGCAACUCUGAGAAUACAUAAUGAAAAUGCUAUAGGCCGUAUCCGUGAUUGGUCUAUAUUGAAUGCUUGCUGGCCUGCAGGGAGAGUGGAUCUACUUGGCACUUGCUGGAUUGCAUUGGCACAUAUUGUUAACCUUACAAAAGAACCAAGUGGUCCAAAAGACUAG